GACUUCUCUGUCAAGCGCAUACAGGACGGUGAGAAAGUCAGAAGUGCGCCGCUGCCUUUUGAUCGAUGUAUGCGUCAAGGCGCUAUAAUCGAUAUUGAGAAAAUGAAUGCAGCGUUUGGCAGCCCAAAGAUGACGUCUGAAGCCAGAAAAGCACAGAGUAUACGAGCAACGCGGACAGAGCACAUGGGAGAAUUUAUGAACUCAACAAAGAAAUCAUUCUUCUGCACAAGAUACAAGAAUAUCUAUAUCUUUUCAUUUUUUAUAGAAGAGUCGUUUCCUGAAUUCUAAAGCGUCUGAGAUUGUUCGUGUCUAUUCGUAAAAGAUAUGACGACUGGUAUGAUGUUGUUCCUAGUACAACAAGGUCACACAACAUAGCUUCAUCACUCUUCAACCCCUCUCCUCCAGUCCACAUCCAACAUCAAUAGCUUCCCUUCCCUUCCCCGCAGUUUUCAUAUGAGACCGCAGUGGAGGCUUGGUGAAGAUAGCGCAAAUGGGAGAAAAGCUCUACGAAGAUCCGCCCUCGUUGUACGAGACAACCAUGCACUUCUGGGACUUCAACGUAAACGAAGGUGCGAAAGCCUCCUUGAGGAAUCGGGAGUGGCCAAGAUGGGAAGAGGAGGAAGUCUACAAUCUGAAGAAAGCAGAUCGACAGGAUUGGCACCGAGCAAGACAGGCUGG